CACGUUUUUUGUUUUUGUUUUUUUAACCUACCGAGCGGGGCUGUCGGCCUUCGAUGGGCGGGGCAGACGGGAAGAGGCCGUGCUUCCUGAUUGGCUGAGGGGUCCGCGGCCGUUGGCGCGGGGAAAAGACUGCGGAGCGCUCGAGGCUGUCGCGGGAAUUGCGUUUUCCUUGGUCUCGAGGCGAGGACAAGCACACAAGACGGGAGAACGAAUCCAGAGUGCGGCAGAGGGCAGUGGAGAGAAGCCAAGGGGAUCGGUUUACGGACCCAGUGAGCCUUCUGGGUGUCCAGAAAGGUUUCUGAAAAUGGACGGACCCGCCAGACCAAGACUGGCCUCUCCCAGUGAAUUUCAGUUUGGAGCUGUUGCCACGGAGACGAUCGAAGACGCUCUGCUCCACUUGGCCCAGCAGAACGAGCAGGCAGUGCAGGAGUCUGCGGGAUGGAUGGGCAGCUUCAGGGAGACCCGGAUCGUGGAGUUUGUUUUUCUCCUGUCUGAACAAUGGUGUCUGGAGAAAUCUGUGAGCUACCAGGCUGUAGAAAUCCUAGAAAGGUUUAUGGUUAAGCAGGCAGAGAGUAUCUGCAGACAAGCCAGAGUCCAGCGGAGAGAUAAGACCGAAGCUCGGGAUUGGAGGGCUCUGAAAGAGCAGCUUUUCAACAAGUUUAUCCUGCGUCUUGUGUCAUGUGUUCAGCUGGCAAGCAAACUUUCUUUCCACUACAAAAUCAUCAGCAACAUCACGGUCCUGAAUUUCCUCCAGGCCCUAGGGUAUCUGCACACUAAAGAGGAGCUGCUGGAGUCGGAGCUGGAUGUUUUGAAGUCCCUGAACUUCCAAAUCAAUCUGCCUACCCCCCUGGCGUAUGUGGAGAUGCUCCUGGAGGUCCUAGGGUACAACGGCUGCCUGGUCCCGGCCACGCAGCUGCAUGCCACCUGCCUAACCCUGCUGGACCUGGUCUAUCUUCUGCACGAACCCAUGUAUGAGAGUCUGCUGAGGGCCUCGAUCGAGAACUCCACACCCAGUCAGCUGCAAGGGGAGAAGUUCGUUUCCGUGAAGGAGGACUUCAUGCUCCUGGCAGUAGGCGUCAUCGCCGCGAGCGCGUUCAUCCAGAACCGCGGGUGUUGGGGCCAGGUGGUGGGGCAUCUGCAGAGCAUCACUGGCAUCGCCCUGGAGAGCAUCGCCGCCUUCUCUUACGCAAUCCUGACCCACAGCGUGGGAGCCAGCACUCCGGGCCGACCUGGGAGGCCCGUGCCUCCCCACCUGGUGGCCAGAGCCCUGAGGGCCGCCGCUUCCUCCAACACGUGAGACACACGCAAUCUGCCCAAUACAGACGCCCUCCCGUCACCGCACUCAUCUCUCCCUUUGUUGGCUUUAAUGCCUGGGACACAAGUUUCAAGUAUCUUUUGAACCGUUUUGUAUUCCAACUUCAUGCUUAUUUUUCUGCAUCGCAGAGUUAAGGUGGACAAGCAUGUCCUUUCUGUCGUAUCAGACUGAAAACAUAAAAAGCUGGGAGAGAGAAAUAUUCGUGAAGUUGACUCACUUUUAUUUAACAAGAUAUUAAUGCCUUUUCUUUAACUGUACAUUUCAUUACGAGAGAACAUCAGACAUGAAGACUAGCAUUAACCAGGGGCUCAAAAACUGAGACCACCUGGGUGACCUUGACUGAGCAAGAAGGCAGUCUCCAUUUCCCGUAGUUUAUCAUCUCUGUUCUGUUACGGAGAUCUACACAAACAGGGCUUUCUCCACAGUUAUUUCCACUGUUUUUUUUU